UAUCUAUACCGUCACCGAGCACCUUGCCGGUGCUGCCAUGUUGCCAUGCUGUCGUUCCUUUCCUUCUUAGUUUUCAAUGCUCUUUUAGCGUGUUCCCUUGCCAGUUCUGACUACCACGAGCGCCUGCUCCUCCGCCCGCUACCUCAGUCCACUCUCCUCGCCUCCUUCAACUUCCGCAGUAACGAGACCUCGGCUGCCUUUGAGCAACAGAACUUCCGCUAUUUCCCUCGAUCGCUCGGUCAGAUCUUGCAGCAUGCUCACACUAAAGAGCUUCACCUGAGAUUUAGCGUGGGACGCUGGGAUGCCGAGAGCUGGGGGCAACGACCCUGGCAAGGCGCGAGAGAAGGAGGCAAUGGCGUAGAACUGUGGGCGUGGAUCGAAGCAGACAGCGACGAUGAAGCCUUCGCGCGAUGGCAAACUUUGGUCAAUUCGUUAUCUGGCCUAUUCUGCGCUUCCCUCAACUUCAUAGAUGCCACCAGGACCAUACGACCAGUCAUGGCUUUCGAGCCUGAAGGUGACCAUCGAAAUGCCACAAAUCUACACCUCCUUCACGGUACUCUACCCCACGAGGUUGUAUGCACAGAGAACUUGACACCUUUCCUCAAGCUACUCCCGUGCAAAGGCAAGGCCGGCAUCUCGAGUCUGCUCGAUGGGCAUAAGCUGUUCGAUGCUUCAUUUCAGACCAUGGCUAUAGACGUGCGGCCGGUGUGCGAUACACAAGGCCAAGAUUGCUUAUUGGAAAUGGAUCAGAGCGUGGAUAUGGUGCUGGACGUGGCUAGGUCGAAGCGUCCCCAAGACAACCCUAUACCCCGGCCUGUUCCAAUCGAACAGAUUGAAUGCGACACCUCCAAACACUACAAUGGGCAUGAUACUUGUUAUCCUUUGAACAAAGGCACGGAACCUUCUUGGAGUCUCAAGGAAAUUUUUGGGAGGUCGCUUAAAGGCGCGUGUCCACUCACAGACGCAGGUCCAGGCUCGGAGACUCUGUGCAUCAACACUCCUCCUGAGCGAGAUAUUCAUAUAGAGACGGACGGGCAGUUCACCGAGUCUCGAUCCUCCGCAGACACGAUGAGGUGUUAUCAACUGCCGAUUGGCUCGGAUUUUGAUCUCGUUCUACCAGAACAACAGAUGUCGACUGGUCUUGUGCUUCCAGAGCCGCAACUCUACGCCGCCCGUUCGAUCAACGGCCACGGACAGGAGCGAGGAAGCGCGCAAUCUGUCAUCACAAACCCUUCUGCCCGAGGCAUGGAGGUUGUGUAUCUCGAGUCACUUCCCUGGUUCAUGAAGCCCUACUUACAUACAUUACGCGCCCAUGUGGACACUGAUUCCGAGAAUCCAGUCCGGGAAACGUAUUAUCGACCAGCUGUGGAUAGACAGCGUGGAUCUCAUCUGGAAAUUCGCAUGGUAGUUCCACCGGCAUCAACAUUGACAUUGACAUAUGACUUCGAGAAAGCAAUUCUACGCUAUACCGAGUACCCACCAGACGCGAACCGCGGCUUCGAUGCUGCACCAGCAGUCGUCCGUGUUCUUUCACCAAAUACUAUGGGAGACAGGAAGGGCAUUUACCUGCGCACGACGCCUUUGUUGCUAUCACUGCCCACCCCAGAUUUCAGCAUGCCAUACAACGUCAUCAUCCUGACGAGUACGGUCAUGGCGCUUGGUUUUGGCAACAUAUUCAAUCUGGUCGUGAGACGCUUCGUCGGCGCACACGAGGUUCCUCAAACAGGAGGGCUGAAGGCCAUAUUACAAGCGAAGAUAGCUAGGCUCACAGGAAGAUCGUGA